GGUCUCAUCCCCGUUGUUUUCAUUGGACGUAAUCUGUGCGACUGUCAAAUGUCAGUGACAGAGACAUAAUUUCUAGUGUUUUAGUUUCUUUUUUUAUUGUGAAACCAGGGAAACUGAUAACAACGAUGAAGUGAAAACAAAUUCUUGGCCCGCAUUUUCUCAUUCUGCCAAUCAGAUUGAUGGCGAAAAGAUGCUUCCCCAUGACGUAAAUACCCAAUCACAAAGUCCCUCUUUUUAAGGUUCGAGAGACGAAAUAUCUCAUAAAAUGAAUGCCAUGAAACGGUUCCUGCUUGGCUCCAGUAGCCAGGCCGCACAGACGGAAGCUAGUCAGCAGGCUGGAGCCAACACUUGUCCUCCAGUUGCCAAUUGCGCCACAACAGAAAUCGUUAUGGGCAUCAAACCCUCCCCAUCUCAGCACGCAGCCCUCAGCCUCACCCAUCUACGCAAACUGUUUUCUGACUUCAACUCGGUGGCCACCCAGGCCAUGACGGAAGCAGAUAGGGAGAGCAGGAUGUACAGCAUGCUGCCCCUCUUUUGCCGUGUCUUCUCCCACUGCCCAGCCUCUGAAAUGCUGGAGAAAUUCCCCGAAGUGGGCAGCUUCUGUCAGCAAGUGUCCCGUUUGGCCGUGUCGGAAAUCCGACGGCGGGCGUCCAACCAGUCGACUGUGGCCGCCAGCCAGGCCAUCGCCAGUUUCCUCGAAAUGGAAGAGUCCAGCACCAACGCCACCCAGGAAUCGAACGGAAACGGCUGGAUGUUGCUGACCUGUCUCAACUUGCUCUCACUGGGCGGUCCCGGCUUGAUUGAAAUCAUGACGGCCGCCUCUGUUCCUUCAACGUUAGUCAAGUGUCUCUACUUAUUCUUCGAUCUUCCCGAUCUGGAAAACCCCGACACGGCCCCGCCGGGCUGCGAGUUCACUCCCAGGGAGCGGAGGCAACUUUUGCAGAAAUCCUUUGGCCAGAUGCUCGUUAGAUUGUGCAGCGUCCCAGCAGCCACGGAAGAGCUGGCCAGGAAAGACGAUUUGACACUUUUGUUUUCGGCCCUGAGCUCCUGGUGCCCUCAGCACAACCUUUUAUGGAGGAAAAAUGCCAAUGAAGUGCUGGUCGUGUUGACUCGACACGGAUUGACGGCCCUCGUUCUCGGCUACAUCCACAAUAAAGGCUGCGUCUCGCUCUGCGUGGAGAACAUGCAAAAGGCUUCAGGCGAUUUGCUGCCGCUGGAAGUGGUGGAAAUGUUCGCCACCGUCUUUUGCCUGUUGAAAGAUUCGGCCGACGUGACGCAAACGCUUUUGGACGAUUUUCGCAGUUGCCAGGGCUACAGUUUCCUGACCGAAUUUUUGCUCAGGGCGGAACACGACACGGUCGUGGAAUCUCAAGAGGCUCUGAGGAAUUUGGUUUUCCUGGUUUCGUCGUUGAGUACGUGCGGAUUUCACGAAGUCCGUCCCAUGGCCUUUUCCACCGGAUCUCUUUUUCAAUUGCCAAACUUUAUCACCCCCACUCCGCUGGGCAAAGGGUCGAGCGUGAGGAAUAUCCCGGCGUUCCAGGUGUUGCACAGCGCUUUCAUCAAAUCAUCAACGUCGACUCUUUCCUCGGUGAUCCUGGACGCCGUUUCCACCAUUUUCCACUCUGAUCCGGCCAAUUAUUUCAUCCUCGAGUCGCAAAACACUUUGAAUCAGUUUGCCGAAAAGAUUCAUUUGAAAGGAGCCGAAGUUCAGGAGAAAUAUUUCCGACUGCUGGAAUUUGUGGUUUUCCAGCUCAACUACGUCCCUUGCAAGGAGCUGAUUUCCCUUUCGCUUUUGUUGAGAAAUCACGCAGCCAAUUACACGCAGUGCAGUAUUCAGUGCAUGGUCGUCCUCCUCACCAUUCUGAGGCAUCACGCCAUCUUCAAGGAUGUCUACCGCGAAGUGGGAUUGCUGGAAGUCCUAGUGACUUGCCUCCAGCGCUUUGCCUCGGUGAUGAAAUUGAAAUUGGACGGCAGUGACGGGCAGCAGGCCAUCAUCAAAGAAGAGCCGGACCGCGAAAGAGAAUUGGGUUAUUUAGUGAUGGAAGGCCUGGGCGUCCUCUUGGUGGGCAACGCCAACAACGCGGCCGUUUUCCGUGAGUCGGGCGGCGCCCGCUGCGCCCACAAUCUCAUCCCCUACACCGACUGCCGCCGGGAAGCUCUCUGCCUGGUCCAGCAGCUCAUUUUGAGCACGGGCGGUGACGACGAUAUGGGCACCGUCCUGGGUCUCCUCCAAUCGGCGCCCGCCACCGACCUGGCCCUGAAAAUGGACAUUUUGAAAUCGCUGCUGACCUGCCUGAGGGAGAGCCACCGGACCAGGACCAUGUUCCGUAAAGUGGGCGCCUUUGUCUACAUCAUGUCGGCCCUGGUCUCGAUGGAGGGCUGCCUCCAUCCCGAUCCGGCCCAGUCGGCCUCCAGCUCGUCCAAUUGGGAUUCCCUGACCCCCGUCGAGAUCCUGCGGCUCCUGCACCUCAUUUUCAACACGCUCUGCGUGGCCAUGCGCUACGAGCCGGCCAACGCCAAGUUCUUCCAGCAGGAGAUUUGUGGCCCGUCUCUCUGCGACACCAUCCGCCUGCUGGGCUGUUUCGACCAGACCCGAACCUUUGACUCGCCCGACGAGCCGGAAGACGGCGAUCCACCCCUCCAACAAGUCGGAGGAUUGCACCAAAUCUUUAACCGAGGCGUCCAGGAUUUCGAGGAAGAAGAAGUCAAGGACAAGAACCGGUCGCUGGUCAAUGCCACCCUGGUCCUUCGACUCCUUUACGAUUUGGCCGUGGACUCGUACGAUCGGGCCCAACAGUUGCCCGUCUGCUGCUCGGCCGACGGCAAAACUAUUCCACGGAGUAAAAGUCUCAGCGAUAGUGACCCGAGUGUCGCUCUCAGGAGGCCGGUGAAUCUCAAUCCCAUCAGCGCCAAUCCGGAUCCUAUUCUGGUCCAUCCCGGCGUCGUCCUGGCCAUGUUCCAGCUCCUGCCUUCCAUCUGGACGCCCGAGAACGUCAAGGCCAGCAAGAGUCUCCAGCUCCUGGUGACGGACAUUAUCCAGUCGCUGACCCACUCGGAGCGCAACGUCCAAAUCCUUUGCGACGCCGGAUUUCCCUCAGAGAUCCUGAAAUACGCCAGUUCGGUCCUCAAUGACGAGUCCCGUCACCUCCACGGACCCCUGCUGACCGUCCUGGAGCAGCUCGUCCGCCAGGCCCUCGAGCCUAAAGACUUGAGGGCCUUUCUGCGGAUGGGCGAUCCUUUGAAUUGCCUCCUGCCGGAAUUGAGCGAUCCCAAAACGGCGCAGACCAACAGCAACGGCGCCCCACUGCCCUUGUUCCGCUUGAAAUCGCUAGUGUCCAUGUCGACACCCAAGGACGUGGGCAGGAGCGGCCACCAGGGAGUGGCGCUGUCGCCUCCGCCCUUUGUCGAGUUCGACAUGCAGCCGGAAGGAUUCGGAUGCCUUUUCCUCCCGUCGGUGGCGCCCCAGUGUCAGCACGGCGGAGUCGGUUCGGGAUCCGGUGGCGGAGGAGGCGGUGGGGCUGGACAAGGUGCCGCCGGCCAAAACGGCUCAUCCGGCCAAGUGAUUAUGGGCGGAGUGGGCAGCGGAGGCGACCGAGUCUUUCCGGCCCCAACGGGUAUGAGCUACUCCACCUGGAUCUGCGUCGACAAGUUUAGCGAUCCCCGACUGGACCCGCACGGCAUUCGGCUCCUGACGCUGGUCAGGAAUGUCAUGGAGCGGCCGGACGACAAUUUGGUCUGUUUGAGCGUCGUCUUGUCGCCCAGGGACAAGGCUUUGCUGGUCAGCACCCAGGAAACUCCUUUGCCCAAAGGAUCGAGCGAUUGGGAGCCGGAAGUGUCGGGUGAUUUCGGUGCUCGGAUUUGGAAUCCCGAUCUGAUCCAGGAAGGACAUUGGCAUCACUUGGCCUUGGUCUGGAGCCGGGCCGUUUUAAAGAAUUCCCAAUUUUCCCUCUACAUUGACGGCCAGUUGGUCUACACGGGCAAAAUGCAUUACAUAUCACAAAAUCCGGGCGGAGGAGCGGCCAACUUGACGGUGGCCUCGUCCGUUUUCGGUUACAUCGGCACGGCGCCGUCAUGGCGACGCCAAUCGAGGCUCGUCUGGCGCCAGGGUCCGUGUCAUCUCGUCGAGGACGCCUUCAACCCUCAGGUGGUCCAGUGGAUUUACAGGAUCGGCCCCCACUACGUCGGCAGCCUCCAGGCGCCGCAACUGCCCGGCUCGGCCGAGGCUCUGUGCUCCUUGGUCAACGAGGAGCGGAUCGUUUUCGGUCUCAACGCCUCGGCCAUGAGUCCGUUGACGUUGGCCAAGAUCCGCAAAGUCUACCGCAAGACGGACUCGCGCUCCGUGGCCAAACAGCUGGGCAUGUCGUCGCACGAGAAUGCCACCCCCAUCCGGCUGCUGCACAACGCGGCUGGGCAUCUUUCCGGUCCGGCCAGGACCCUGGGCGGAGUCGUCAUCGGUUACCUGGGUGUCCGAGUCUUUUGCCCGCGGCCCAUCUGCACCACGAUGCAGGCUGUUGGCGGCUGCAACGUCCUGUUGGGCCUAGUGGCCAUGGCGACGGACGUGGAGAGCCUCUACGCCUCGGUCAAGGCCCUGGUCUACGUGGUCAAGUGCAACGGGCAAGCCCAGCACGAGAUGGAGCGCAUCCGCGGCUACCAGACGCUGGCCUACCUCCUCAAGCGCCACAAGGCCUGGCUCAACAACCACAUCCUGCAGCUGAUCCUGGUCCUGGUCGGCUUUGAACAGCACAACAACAAGGCCGGCAACGAGCCCAACAACAGCCUGGCCUUUAGGGACCUGCUGGCCGAUCUCGAUGUGUGGAGAGAUACGGUGGACGAUUUGUUAAAAGUUUUGUUCGACUUGUUUUACCGGAUGGCGGCCGAGAGCGGAACAGACGGCCGGAGUAACACGCGCUAUUUGCGCGACCUGAACCUGGUCGGCCGUCUGCUGCAGAUUCUCCAUCACGAAAAUCAUCACCCGGGCGGAGGGGUCGUCGCAAUACUCGGCGCCAGUGCUCGAGAAACCCUCUGGAACCUUCUCGGCUGGCUCUUGCACAACAAUCCUCGCCCAGUCGACCUUUUGCUAUUCGGCCAGUAUUUGGCCACCACUCUGCCCGUCUGCGUCAACGAUGACAAGAAUACGAGCAGCGAUGACGGGAAGCUGGACGACAGUUCGCCGGCAGCUUUGGUGGCAAGUCGAAAUGAAGGUCUGACUCUCCUCUUCAAGCUGCUACUCGUCCACGACAAGGGCGUCAUCAAUCAGACGUUCGCCGAAGAGUUUCUUCGCGUGUUGGGUUUCGAUUGGCUGCUGCUGUUCAUGCAGCCACAAGUCAAGUCAUCCAGCGUCAUCCUCUCUGCCAACUGCCUCCUCCUUCUGCUCUCCAACCAGCAGUCCCUCGCCAGAUUCCGUGAGGGGGUCAGCACUGGGGCCGGCUGGGCUCGUUCCAGGGAUCUCAUCACCUCUCAGGGGUUUGCGUCUGGUGCAGGGGCUGCAGGCCCCCUGCGUUUGGUGGGCAGGACCUUCAGCGUGGCUUCAGACGAUGUGGCCACGUCCCCCAGCGGCAACCUGCAGAGCCAGCAGCUACCAGGGUUCCAGCUGCUGGGCUGGAUGCUAGUCAACCACACGAGCCUGCCUGAAAUCUACUACCUCAUCAUCGGUCUGAUGGUUGGCAAAGCCCAGCUGAGGACCUCGAGCCAGUUGGACCUGGAAACGAUUUGGAGCUGCUUGUUUGGUGUGAGCCAAGGGCAGCCCAUCGCUUCGCUGGGCGGUCGUGGCGUCCCCAUGUACUGCCCAGAGGCCAUCACGGUUCUAUUGACGAUGAUGCGGGCCAUCAUGAACCCGGAGGAGAGCAGCGGCGCCGACGAGGCGUCGACCAACUACCCCAACGUCCUGCUCCAGUUCCUCUUUUACGUCUACAACAACGCGCCCGACUACAUGUCGGUGUUUAUGACGUCGGACCUGCUCAACGCCAUGGUGGCCAGCCUCUUCCCCAUCGGCCUCCAUCACCAGCAGCAGCACAGCCUCAGUUCUGAGCCCAGCACGCCCGUCGAGGAGUUGAACCGCCAAUUCGUCAUGGUGGAGAGUUCGAUCGAGUCGGCCAAGGAUCCGCUGACCUUCCACCACCGGGCCAAAAAGACGCUGAUGGACUUUCUGAGGACCAUCGUUAUCGACUCGCUCUCGCUGCCCGUCACCAGCGGCGGCGGGACGGGGGCCAGCAGCGGCAGCAGCACCACCGUCCGUCCGGUGCCCAUCAUCGACGUCAUCAUGGACGCCUGCCCGGACUCGGCCAACUACAACCAGCACUGCCAAUUCCAGACGGAAUUGCUAACGAUCGUCAUGGAAUAUCUCUCGUCGGCCGGCGUCAUCCUGGGCGAGCAGGGAGUCUUGCCCGUCGUCACCCAGAUCGGCGGCAGCCUCCAGAAUGUGGCGCCCAACAUUUUCUACCUGGCCGGCCGCUUGGUGGACAAGCUCUGGCUGGGCGUCCUCAACCGUGACCCCCACCACGUCUUUGAUUUCAUCGUCCAGCUCAUCACCCAGGCCAAGAAACGGACGUCGAGUAUUGGCGGCAACAGCAGCGCCAGCAGCGGCGGCUCGGGCUCUUCCGGCCUGGCCUCUCAGUCGCUGGACAACAUUUACCGCUGCCUCAACCGCUGCAUCCUAUUCCUCCUGUCCAGGCCGGCCGACUCGAUCAGCGAGCAAAUGUCGUUGCUGGAAGCCCUCCACAAAUUGACUAAUCACAGGAGUUUGAUUUUCGGGUCGGGCAAUCACGACCUGGAAUUUAUCGGCUGCCUGUGCCAUUGCCUACUCCAACUGACGUUGACUUUGAAAAUCUCGACGGAGCCGAGCCGGACGACUUGGCACGUGAGCGGAGAGGAAGUGGAGCCCAACAGCAGUUUGAGAGAGGCCCAGCAUUUGGCCGCCGUGGCCGCCCAGCGCGUUUGGGAGGAAUUGUACGUCAGCAAGAAACCGGCCGUCGAGGAGGCCUUCAAGAUCAGCCUGGGCGCCAACACUCAGCACCGGGCGCCCAGUUUGGAGCUGGUCAGAGAGCCGGCCCUCAAGUUGUGGAUGCAAUACGUCGAGGCCGAGCGUCGCUCCGCCUACCGCACCGUCCUGGAAGUGUCGACGCCCAACCAGAUCCAGUCCAAGAUCCAGAAAGUGACGGGCGGGCUGACCCGUCUGACCAGCCGCUCGCUGACGAUGAAGAGCAGCAAAAAGGAGGACACGAUCAACGUCAUGGGCCGGCACAGUCACGCCGGUAACCUCUCCUACUGCUGGGCAGACGUCUGGCUGUCUACCCAGUACCAACUGGCCGGCCUCAAGGAGCAACUGGAGCUGGAGCGGAGGCAGAGGCAGCAGGCCCUGCAGCACGUCGAGCAAUUCAAUCGGCUCAGCUGGAAGCGGGUGGAAGAGACGGAAUUGCUGCGGGUGCGCGGCCUUUGGGGCCCGUCGCAAGAGUCUCGAGUCCUGACCAAGUGGAUGCUGGACAUGACGGAAGGGCCUUGCCGGAUGCGCAAGAAACUGACGCCCAAUCCGCACUUUUACGCCCUGUACCCGUACCGGCCGGAAUUGGAGUUGGCCGAGAACAAGUCGAUCCGGUACAAGGUGGCCACCUCCCUGGACGCCAAGGAGCACUUUAAACUCUACUCGAAAUGGAGGCAGAGUCUCCUGCAAGAGGAUCAGGUGGUGGAUCGGGUCCAGGAGCCGGAAGAAGCCCAGCAGCAGUCGGUGCUGGUGGAGAGCGGUUCCGGCGGCAGCAGCGCCGGUGACGAGUUGGUGCCGGCCGAGACGAUCCUGUCGACUUCUCCGCAGCUGCCGCAGGAUCUGCCGCAAUUGCUGAGGCCCAUCAAACGAGACGUCCAGCAGGUGAAUCAGACGAUGGCCGAUAUCGACGAGGAAGUGGAAUUGAUCGGAUCCAGUCCGGCGGCGGACGAGCCGCUGGUUUCAUCCCAAUCGACUGCCCAGCAACAACCGCAGGAUUGGCAGAACCUGAUGCGACUCCUGGAAGAAAACGAGAAAAUCGGCCAUUUGUUCCGCUCGGCACGCGUCCAGGGCCUGGAAACGGUCGACGGACUCCUUCUCUUUGGCAAGGAGCAUUUAUACGUGGUGGACGGAUUCACUCAGACUCCGUCGCGGGAAAUCCGCGACGUUUCCAAUUUCCCGUCGGGGACGUUCGAGCCGAUCGUUCCGCCGUACACGACGCCCGGCUACGGGAGCAGCGGGAGCAGCAACAGCAACCGUCAGGAGCUCAAGUCGGUCCACCAGUGCUCGCGGCUGGGCUACGAGGACAUCCGCGAGGUCCACAAGCGCCGCUACCUCCUCCAGCCCAUCGCCCUGGAGAUCUUCUCUAAUGACGGACGCAACCACCUGCUGGCCUUCCCGCCCAACGUCCGCAACAAAGUCUACCAGCGGCUCCUGGCCACGGCUACGGGCCUCUCGGACUCGGCCAGCCAAUCGGUGGCCGGCCAGAAGCGGGCGGCCAACGUGGAGCAGUCGGCUGGCCUCUUGUCGACCAUGACGGCCGGCCUGAUGGGUGAGACGUCGGUGACCCAGCGCUGGGUCAGGGGCGAACUGUCCAACUUUCAGUAUCUGAUGCACCUCAACACGCUGGCCGGCCGCUCCUACAACGAUCUGAUGCAGUACCCAGUUUUCCCUUGGGUGUUGGCCGAUUACGACUCGCCCGAGCUGGACCUCUCGCAGCCGUCCACCUUCCGCGACCUGUCCAAGCCGAUGGGGGCCCAGACGUCUGACCGGCUGCAGCAGUUCCGCAAGCGCUACAAGGAGUGGGACGACCCGCACAACGAGACGGGCCCUUACCACUACGGCACCCACUACUCGUCGGCCAUGAUCGUCUGCUCCUACCUGGUCCGGCUGGAGCCCUUCACCCAGCAGUUCCUCCAGCUGCAGGGCGGACACUUUGACUUGGCCGACCGGCUGUUCCACUCGAUCCGCGAGGCCUGGUGGUCGGCUGCCCAGCUCAACAUGGCCGACGUCAAGGAGCUGAUCCCCGAAUUCUUUUACCUGCCCGACUUUUUGGUCAACGCCAACCGGUUCGACCUGGGCUGCAAGCAGAGCGGCGUGGCCCUGGACGACGUCGUCCUGCCUCCCUGGGCCAAAAACGACCCGCGCGAGUUCAUCCGGCUGCACCGGGCCGCCCUGGAGAGCGACUACGUCUCUCAGCACCUGCACGAGUGGAUCGAUCUCAUCUUCGGCUACAAGCAGCAAGGGCCGGCGGCCGUCGAGUCCGUCAACCUCUUCCAUCCGCUCUUCUACGAGGGCAACGUGGACAUUUACAGCAUCGAGGAUCCGCUCAAGAAGAACGCCGUCAUCGGAUUCAUCAACAAUUUCGGACAGACGCCCAAGCAGCUCUUCAAGAAGCCGCAUCCCAGCAAGAAGGUGGGCGGGGCCGGCAGUCGCAUCAGUGGACUGGAAAUGGCCUUGCCUUUGGCCGGACAGGCUGCCAUGCAGAUCCUGCCUCUCCUGCCGUCGUCGGCGGCUUCCGGCUUCCAUUCGGGCGGAGCGGGCGGAAGCGGAGGAAGCGGGGCGGCCGCCGAGGCCUUUUUCCACCACGUCGACCACCUCAGCCCGUCGCUGCAGGCCGUCAAGGAGCUGAAACGGCCCGUGGGUCACAUGAUCGGGGCCGAGCGGUCGGUGGUGGCCGUCGAGGAGAACAAGUGCCUCCUGCCGCCCAACUACACGCGAUGCGUCGCCUGGGGCUACGCUGACCAUUCCAUCCGACUGGUCCCGCACGAUUCGGACAAGGCCCUGAUGGUCUGCGAGACGCCGUUCCACCAGGAGAUCCUGACCUGCGUCUGCCCAACGGGACGCACGGUGGUGACGGGCGGGGCCAAUACGGUCGUCACCGUUUGGGACCUGGGCAAGAAACAGUUCACCGUUCGCCAGCAUCUCUACGGUCACACGGAGGCCGUCACUUGCCUGGCGGCUUCGGCCGGCUACCAGAUCCUGGUGUCGGGUUCCAGGGAUCGGACGGCCAUCGUCUGGGAUUUGUCGCGUUUGACUUUUAUCCGACAGUUGACUGGGCACAACGCGCCGCUUGCGGCCAUCGACAUCAACGAUCUGACGGGCGACAUCGCCACUUGCUCCGGCACUUGGCUCCACCUGUGGUCCAUCAACGGCGACCCGCUGGCCAGCGUCAACACCCUGGUGGGUCAAAUCGGCCGUUCGCAGCACAUCCUCUGCGUCUGUUUCUCGCAGUUGAACGAGUGGGAUCCCAUGAACGUCAUCCUGACGGGAUCGACGGACGGAGUCGUUCGAAUGUGGUCCCUCGACUACGUCCAGGUUCCCAACGAGGAAACGCCGACACAAGUUCCAAGGACGGAAGAAACGGCCGAGGCUCCUAAACUGGUCGAAGAAUCGGAAGAGGAUUCACCCGACGAUGCCCAGCUGCCCGGUGCCAUUCUGCAGCGACAGGCGUCCGUCAGCAGUUUGCCCAUCAGCUGCGGCGACAGCAGCGAACACGAAGGCCCCGACAGCACUUCUUCGCCCGUCCCGACUCAACCAAAGGAAGGUGAGAAUCCAUCGCUGGAACAACCGGAACAACAACAACAACAAUCGACGGAGCCGUUGCAGACGAGCCGGAGCGAUUCGAGUCUGAACGGAACGUUUGAAAUGAUUAGCGAGUCGGAAGUGAGGGAGAGCGCCAUCCAGCAGCAGCAACAGCAGCAGACGCCCAAAGCUAACGUGGUGGCUCCUUUCGUGAGCCAACAGCCGGGCAAGAAAUCCCGCCACGUCCUCAAAGAAGGUUUCAAGUGGCAGAGGCAGUUGAUUUUCCGGACGAAAUUAACGAUGCACACGGCCUACGAUCGCCAAGAUAACAGCGAACCUGCGUCCGUCACAUCUCUGGCCAUUUCCAAGGACAAUAGAACUGUAUUGGUUGGCGACGCCCGCGGUCGCAUCCAUUCGUGGAGCGUGACGGACGUGACGGGCCGCUCGGUGGCCGACCAUUGGCUCCGCGACGACACGGCCGAAACGUGCACUAAAUGCCGCGUGAAAUUCUCGUUGACUGAGCGCCGACAUCACUGCCGCAACUGCGGACACGUCUUCUGCUCCCGUUGCAGUCGCUACGAGUCUGAAAUUAUGCAAUUGAGGAUCCGCCGGCCGGUGCGGGUGUGUCAAGAGUGCUACGCUUCUUUGAAAAUGUCCAGCGAUGGAACUUCUUAAUUUUCGACUGUCAAAAGAUGAAGAGAUGUUUGAUUUAAAAAAGAAAAUGGGCUAAUCUGUCAGAGUAGUGAAUCAAUGUCCAGUUAUGUAACGACACCCGCCCUUUGACCCAAUGGAUCAGGGGGCGGGGCAAUUUAUAUCACAGGCUGAUAUCAGGUGUGUAGAUGAUUUCUAAAAAUUAGGGUUUUUAAAAACGACAGUCGUGUUUUAGCAGAUGAUGUUUAUACAAUCGACAUUCCAAUCGGCCCCUUUUAUUACCCUCCGGUUUGCACACAAUCAAAUGCAUUUUUCUUUAUUCUGUCUUUUUAAAUCUGAUUAUUAUUUUAGAGAGAAUUUGACUAUUGGGGCAGAGUAGAUUGACUGUGUAUUUGUGUAGCCUCCCCCCCUCAAACGAGAAAGAAAAGAAAUGAAAAUUUCUUAUUUAUGAUUUCAAGUAGCGAAAUCCAAUAUUUCUGUACACACAUUUGACUCCUCCCACUCUUUGGCUUUUGCAACCCCAUUCGACGACGAUAAAAGAACCGUGCCGUUUUUCUUUUUUCUUUUUCGUGUUUCGAUUCUGUUUGAUUUCGUGUUUCCUUUUCCCGUCAACAAAGAAAAAAGAAAAACAUCUCCUGCCUUUUUGCGACGCCCCACAGUCCAUCACACACACAAGAAAUGAAAAGAAAAGUUAUAAAAAAAAAUAUUUGACCGUGUGCGCGUAGUGAGUAUUUGUGUGCAUCAUGUAGACCCCACCCACCCCAGCCCAGCAGAAAAAAAAGGAAAAAAAAAAUUGUUGGCAUUAUACAUGUUGUUUAUAUAAUAACAUUGUCGUCACCUCGUCAGUGUCAAAUUGAAAAAAAAAAAAAACUGUUUGAUCGGAAAAUCUCAAGGGAGAACAAAAACAAAAAGAAUAAAAAAAAUAUGAACAGUGGACUUAUGUAAUACAAGGCAAAGAUGUUAUAACACGA